GCCGGCGGCUGGGUGUCACUCAUUCUCUGUGUCUCGCCGGGCAGGUCUUUCAGUUUGCACCGGGAAUGACACAGACACAGAGUUAAUUCAUUAUGGUCUGUCACGGGAAUGACAAGGCAGACCAACAGAUGACUAAAUGGACUCUGCACCACAACGGAAGUGACACUUAAACAGCACAGGGAUUCACAUGAGUUUUUUUUUUUUUUUUUUUGUAGGAGGAGAGGAGUUGUAGUUCACGCUGCACAGGGAUAGUUUAAAGUUUUUAAUUUUUUUCAGUCAUGGCUCUCUCUCAGAUACAGUGCCUGGAUGAUAACCACGUGAACCCACGGACCACCGAAUCCAAACCGGAGUUCUUCUACUGUGAAGACCAGAGGCUCGCGCUGGAGACGUUGCUCCGUGAUGGUCGCGAGGCAUUCGUCAAGUACCUGGAGGCUCGCGGCCUGCGGGGCUUCCUCUCGGACCCGGAGCUCGAGAGCCUGGUCGGUUCGGUAGAGCCUUACGACCCGGGUUUGGAGCUAAUACCGGAGAGCGGGGAGGAGGAGGACGAGCCGCCGCUGUCUCUGCACUACUGGCCGGAGCUGUCGGACGUGUCUAUCCCGCAGCUGGACCUGGGCUGGCCCGACAGCGACGGGUACCGCGGGGUGUCGCGCGCUACCGUGUACACGCAGCCCCCAUUGGACGGACAGGCACACAUCAAAGAGAUAAUCAGGAAAAUGAUUGCGCAGGCGCAGAGAGUGAUAGCUGUGGUGAUGGAUAUCUUCACUGAUGUUGACAUCUUCAGAGAUUUGUUAGACGUUGCUUUCAAAAAGAAGGUUUCUGUCUACAUCCUGUUGGAACGCACAACACUACCUCAUUUCCUGUCGAUGUGCCACAGGGCUAACAUGCACGCCGGACACCUCAAGAAUCUUCGAGUCCGCUGCUCAAUCGGAGCGGAGUUCCACACUCGGGCGUGCACCAAGGUCAAAGGGCGAAUAGGACACAGAUUCAUGUUCGUCGAUGGAGACAAAGCUGUGUCAGGCUCAUACAGCUUUACCUGGAUGUCAUCACGACUGGACAGAAAUCUUAUCACCGUACUAACAGGGCAGGUGGUUGACACAUUCGAUCUACUGUUUCGAUUCCUUUAUAUGAACUCCACCUCAGUCAACCUUCGGCAAAUCGCUAAAGAGCCACAACCUGAGCCCGAUCCCCCUCCGCAACAAACAACUUUCGCCCCACCGUCUGCAGACGUAGCUCGGAAAUUGUACAACCCUAAAUACGCUCUGGUUGCUGCCUGCAACCCCAGCCUUAGCCCAAACUCCUCUGGCAACAACAGUCCCAAAGACUCUCAGAAUGCAGUGAACUCCAAGACUCAAGAGGACGAAGCAACAAGUAAAAAGAAGCGAAGGAGGGAUAAAGAAGUCAGACAGGAACCUCCUCUCCAUCCAGGUCUUACUAAUCUGGGGAAAGCACAUUUGAUAGAAUACCUGCCUACCUGGCCGGAGCCUGACCCACCCAGUGAUGUGAUUGGGUUCAUUAAUGUACGAGACACAAGCAAACCUAUUCAAGUUCAUCUGCAGCGCUCUGAGAUGUUCGAAACCAGCCAAGCCAUCAGGUUUGGCAGUCCACCCAGCAUGCCCAAGGAAACACUACCAGAAGUUGCCAAUCCUCGAAAAAUAGGUGCCAAUGAUGAGGAGAAUCCAAAACAAGAUAAAACAAAGGCUGAAGAGGCAGCGGUAGUACAAACAAACUCAACGCCUCUCACUCUAAAGGCUUCCGGCUUUAAAAGUCAAGAGGCACCUGAACAGAAAUCACAAAUCAUUGUUAAGACUCUCAACACUGAGUGUAAUCUACAGUCAAACACUCCAACAAAAAACCAAAGUGCAGGUCACAACUCUACAUCGAACAUUAACAAAAGUACAUCUCAGCAAUCCAGUUCUACAGCGACACCUUCCCAGAUAACUCCAACUAUUCCUACAAACAGCCUGAAGACAGAGCCCCUCCCAAAAUCAGACGCUCAAACACAAGCACAAACUAGAACGAGUUUAAACACACACCAUGCACUUGAUCACAGUGUUCACUCUUCGGAGCUGAAGAGUACUCAAACACAAAUCUCUCAAACACUUUCUGCCACUGACUUGAACGCAAAUACUGAACAGUUUGCACAAUCAAAGAAGCUGCUGCAACAUACAUAUUCAUCCAAACAGGAUGUUCACACAAAGACACAAAACUCUGUAAACACUCAGACCCCAAACAUCCACAACCAUAUUUCACCCUCUUCUGCGUUUACUUCCCUACACUGUAACCCUGUCACUCCAGUGACUCUUUCUGACAAUAACCAGGUCUGUGCGACUACUGUGCACUCAAGUAUGACUAGCAGCGCCCGUGCUCCUGUACUGCCUUUGACCUCCAUUACCACUACCCCUUCAUUUCCUACUGUCUCUUCAUCCUCUACCACUCAUCCUUUGUCUUCGUCUACUUUUACCACAGCUCCUCCAGUCCCUAAACGUCGUACUGUCCAGCUGGUCAUUAACGACACCACAAAUGGUCAGAAUCCACCAGACAUCAAUGCUGUCAGGAGGCCCGAGAGCCUGACUAGCACACAGCUAGUAGCUUCCCACAAUGAGCCUCUUGUAGCCACUGUGGUUCACACACUGCCAAAGAAAGAACCUGAGACUGUCCCAAAACUGCAGAACAAAACAGAUGCACAAAAAGGCACAGAGAACACAGGAAAAGAUUGUUCUCCUUUACGGACCUCCCAGGAGAUCAAGAGCGAGGAAGCAGCUGGACAGCGGAAUGAUAGAGUAGACACAAAAAGGGCUCCUGGAAGCAAACUGCAAGUCCAGUCUAAUGUUUUGAUCACCAAUGCACCGAAGGAAAACUGCACAAAUAUUCAAGAUACACCUUUAACAUCAACUGAAUGCAAUAUAACCAAAAAGAUCGAAGACUGUGUAGACCCACUGGCCAAAGUAAGACCCCUGAGAGAUAAAGAGGCUGGUAAAGUGCUAAGUGAGGACUCCAAAAAUCUGGCACACAGCAAAACAUAUCCUUCAAGAGUCAAUGGACCUCAAAGAGUAUCACACAAUGAAUUGAAUGCAAAGGACACAACUGUAUUGGGAGCUGAGGACUCUGUAAAUGCUACAAAAGACAGUCCAGUUUCUGCCACAUUCAGAGCGCACAUAGACAGAGCUGAUGACAGCACAUCUACUGCAGAUUCACAAAAUCAGCACCCAGGGGUCGCUACAGCAUACCAUAUCAACAGUUUACCAGAUGCUGCAAAACAUAACACAAACAACACCUUCCAAGACUCCCUACAGUCACCCAAAGGUCGAGGAAUCCCGCAUUCACCCAUUCAUUUAGGCUUGUCAGAGUCGUACACACCGUACUUACGUUCACCCACACCUGAAAAAGAAUCUCGCCUUCUCUUUGCCCUCACACGCACACCAACACCAGAUGGAUUGUCCCCACACUCGCCCAACUCUGACUCACGAUCCCGCACUCCAGACUUUCGAACGCCAACGCCCGAUGGCUAUUUCUCCACUUUCUCCACCACCUCAGAGGAGUAUUUUGAAUGCAGCGACUCUCCUGUCCAUGAUGUAUUUUUUGAUCCAGUUGCAUCUUUUGGCAAUGAGACAGAAGAUGAUCUGAACACAAAUACUUCUUAUGCUCCAACGAUUACCACUGCCAGCUCUAGUCCAACAUUUGUAAACACCACCACUUCCCCAGGUGUGUUAAGCAGUUCAGGCAAGAAUACCUCAAGGAGCGGAACUUUAUCUCAGUAUUACGGAGUCUCCUCGGUUUCUUCACCUGAGAAGAAACUUAAAAUGAUGGAGGAGGAGAAAACCAUAAAUGAUGAAAAGUGGAAGGAACAGGAUGGAAAGAAGAGUUUGACAGAGAGGAGUAACCAGACACAGAGAGAUUCCCAGAGGACGGAGAGGAGAGGCAGCAAGGAAAAUAAAUCAGCAGAGCAUUUAAGACAGAAUAAAGCUUCGACAGAGGCACAACUGACAGCUGAUAAAGCAAAAGAGACUCAAGCCUCCAAAAGAAAGAAGGCCUUAAACCAACAAGAGGCAGGAGACGAUGUAGUUACUCCAGGAGAAUCAUCAAACGAGGCAAUGCAAAUGUCUGUCGGCGAAGUCAAAGCAAAGAACAUGUUUGAGGGCGGGAGACCAGACAAAGCGUCCUCAGGUGGAGAGAAGACGCUGGACAGAGCAGGACUCAGAGCCAGCGGCGUGGAGAAGACGCUUCAAACCACCAGAGAGUCUGAGGGACAGAAGCAGCAGAAAGACACUGGAGUGUUCUCUCCUUUGCGACCCCCCCAGCCACCCAGACCCACCCGCUCCCUCUUCGCCACCCAGCCUAUCGGUGCCCGUCAAUGGGGAGGCCGCCAGCUGAACCACACAGAGAGUAAACCAUUCGACAGCAGCCUCCCGGUUUUCGAUAAUACCCCAUCCACUCGGAGACUACCGCCUAGACCACCCCCUCCAGUGGCAGUGAGUACUUCAGGUUCUGCAGCAGGACGGAGACAUAGCGAAGUACCUCAAAGCCAGCAGAGCCCCUUCUACCGUCAGCCUCCUGUAGCACCAGCCCGGACCAGACCCAGACAGUCCCAGAACCAGACCCCGCACCCUAAACCCCAGGCCUCUUUCCUUCACACGCACUCUCAUUUGCAGCCACAGGCUCUUUCUCAGACCCAGAAACAAAUAGCAUCAGUGCAAGAAGGACAGGAGGAUGGAAGGACUCCAUUCAGCGUCACGUUCAGCAGGCUGUAUAACAUUAAAGGCCUGAAGGACAAGGUGAGCAGGCUGCCCACACAAAAUAAGAGAAGUAGCGCCGGCUAUUCAGCUCACGGAAGGAAAACCACAGGCUAGACUGGAAUGGCCUACACUGUGCACCUCUACAGCUGAAUUUAUGGAUUGAUAUUCAGAAAGCUACAUCAGCCUCCUAGCUGAUGACAUGUGAAGCUGUAAAGUCUCCCACUGCAUGAUAUAUUGAUAUAUGUUUACAUCUACCACUGUCUCUUGGGGAUGAACUCAGUUUAUUUUGUUGGUAUUUCCAGAAAAUGGAAAGUGUGACAGCUUUCCAUAGUUUGAAAUGGUAUCUGCACAUGAAAGAAAAACAACUGGGACUGAUAAACAUGCGUGUAUAUAUAUAUAUAUAUA